GCGGGAGAAAGGAGGCGGGGCGCCCCCGGCGUGCGCGUUCAUCUUGACCCUACGCUCCAGCGCACGCCCGGCACCUAGAAGCUGUGGUGUCUGGCCCCCCACCCCCGGGGAACCCCAACACAAACCAGCGUAAAACGCGUGCGUCCACCUCGGGCGGAUGUUCGGUGGGUGGCGAAUGCGUGCCCAGGAUCUGCGGGGGCAUUAGAGGCCCCGAGCCUUAGUGCAGAGAGGCACUAGGGGCUUGGAGAACGAGUCUAGAGUUAACAUUUUCCAAGAAAACUUGAAAAUGAGUAGCCGACGGAAACGUGCUCCUCCAGUAAAGGUGGAUGAAGAAAAGCAGCAGCAGCUUUGUUGGAAUAUGCAUGAGGACAGAAGGAAUGAACCUCUCACCUUAACUGAUGAUGAGCAGUCCUGCCCAGGUCUGGACUCCUCUUCUGCUCCUUGCAUCAUACUAGAUGAUAGUCUAAAGGAAGAAUUGGCUCACAGAGAUAAGAAGAGGUGUUUAGAGGCAGUGAGCAUCUCAAAAUCAAUUGAUAAAGAAGAGACUGGUGGCAUUUCUUCCCCUUUGUCUGUAAAGCUGAAUAUUGUGAUUUCUCCCUAUCACUUGGAUAAUUCUUGGAAAGCACUUCUAGGAGAAUUAACUCUUCAGCUUCUUCCUGAACAGAGUUUAAUGGAAAAUUUUUCUGAAAGGAGUUUUACACUGGUGAGUUCAGAGUUAAGCAAUCAGUUCCUGAUUUAUGUUCAUUCAGAAUGCAAAGACAUAGAGAAACAAGAAAGAGGACUCAGUGAGCCAAUCAGUAUGUGUGACAAAGGUAUUCAAGUGGAAUCAUCCUUCAGUGGUGAAAUGUUAGAAGAUUUGGGGUGGCUGCAAAAGAAGAAAAGAAUAAAACUUUACCAAAAAGCAGAAGGAAAUCACAUUAUCAAGGUUGGAAUUUAUCUUUUGGAAGGUGGCCUAGCGAAACUAGAUUUUCUGAGUGAUGCAAAUUCCAGAAUGAAAAAGUUCAAUCAACUCAUGAAAAGAGUGAUGGAAAAGUUAUACAGUUUUAUUAUUCCAGAUGUGCUGGAAGAAGAUGAGGAAGAUUCAGAGAGUGAGCCCGAGGGACAGGACAUUGAUGAGCUCUAUCACUUUGUGAAGCAAACACAUCAGCAAGAAACUCAAUCCAUUCACGUGGAUGUCCAGCAUCCUGCACUGACUCCUGUGUUGAGACCAUACCAAAGAGAGGCUGUCAAUUGGAUGCUACAACAAGAGCAUUUCAGAAGUGCUCCUGCUAGUGAAAAUGCCCUGCACUUUCUAUGGCGAGAGAUUGUAACAUCUGAGGGUUUGAAACUCUACUACAAUCCAUAUACAGGCUGCAUCAUUCGUGAGUACCCAAAUGCUGGGCCACAGUUGCUUGGUGGAAUCUUAGCAGAUGAGAUGGGUCUCGGAAAGACAGUGGAGGUUUUGGCUCUUAUUCUGACACAUACUCGACAAGAUGUCAAACAAGAUGCUCUCACUCUGCCUGAGGGGAAAGUGGUGAAUUAUUUCAUUCCAUCACAGUAUUCUGGAGAAAAUGUAAAAAACACAGAAACCCAGCAUAUGGAAUUUGAACCAAAAGAAAAAGUUCAAUGCCCCCCCACACGUGUGAUGAUCCUGACAGCUGUAAAAGAAAUGAAUGGAAAAAAAGGAGUUUCCAUUCUUUCCAUCUAUAAGUAUGUCAGUUCUAUAUAUAGAUAUGAUGUUCAGCGGAACAGGAGUCUUCUGAAACGGAUGCUGAAAUGUUUAAUUUUUGAAGGUCUUGUGAAACAGAUCAAAGGCCAUGGUUUUUCUGGUACUUUUACAUUGGGAAAGAAUUACAAGGAAGAGGAUAUAUAUGAUAAAACAAAAAAGCAGGCAGUGGGGAGUCCAAGGAAAAUUCAGAAAGAAUCCAGAAAAUCAGGGAACAAGGACACAGAUUCUGAAUACUUGCCAUCAAAUACCUCUGAUGAUGAUGAUGAUCCUUACUAUUAUUACUACAAGCCCAGGAAAAAUCGUAGUAAACUGAGGAAAAAACCUGCUCCCUCCACAAAAAAGGAAAAAAGUCAGCUUAAUGUCGAUCUCAGCUCACAAGAUCAUUGUCCAGCUCCUGGUGACUCUGGAAUUACUGAUGUUACCACAUCUGAAAGUACAUGUGUCUUUGAAGUCAAGCAAGAGCAGGCAGCAAAGGACCAAGUUGAAUCUGUAACUCCUGCUGGUGGUGACAUACCACAUUCUAAUGUCAUGAGUCCCAAUAAUUCUUCUGGCUAUCGCUUUGAGUGCAUAUGUGGUGAACUUGACCAGGCAGACUGUAAGCCUCGUGUUCAGUGCCUGAAAUGCCAGUUGUGGCAACAUGCAAAAUGUGUGAAUUAUGAAGAGAAGAAUCUGAAGAUUAAACCUUUCUACUGCCCCCACUGCCUUGUAGCGAUGGAGCCAGUAUCAACAAGAGCAACUCUGAUUAUCUCUCCCAGUUCCAUCUGUCAUCAGUGGGUGGAUGAGAUCAACAGGCAUGUGAGGUCAUCAUCUCUUCGAGUCUUGGUAUAUCAAGGAGUGAAGAAAGAUGGCUUUUUGCAGCCUCAUUUUUUGGCCGAACAGGACAUAGUCAUCAUUACUUAUGAUGUCCUGCGUUCAGAACUAAACUAUGUAGAUAUUCCACACAGCAAUAGUGAGGAUGGGCGUCGCUUAAGGAACCAGAAGCGCUAUAUGGCCAUUCCCAGCCCCCUAGUAGCUGUGGAGUGGUGGAGGAUCUGCCUUGAUGAAGCUCAGAUGGUUGAAUGCCCUGCUGUAAAAGCUGCAGAAAUGGCUCAGCGCUUGAGUGGGAUUAACCGCUGGUGCAUCAGUGGCACUCCAGUACAGAGAGGAUUGGAGGAUCUUUUUGGGUUAGUGGUCUUUCUUGGUAUUGAACCUUACUGUGUCAAACACUGGUGGGUUCGACUUCUCUAUCGUCCUUACUGCAAGAAGAAUCCUCAGCCCCUCUACAGCUUUAUUGCCAAGAUACUGUGGAGGUCUGCAAAGAAAGAUGUGAUUGACCAAAUCCAGAUACCCCCCCAGACAGAAGAAAUCCACUGGCUCCACUUUUCUCCAGUGGAAAGACAUUUCUAUCACCGUCAACAUGAAGUAUGCUGCCAGGAUGCAGUAGUAAAACUCAGAAAGAUUUCUGACUGGGCUCUCAAGCUCAGCAGCCUGGACAGAAGGACUGUCACCUCCAUCCUGUAUCCAUUGCUGAGGCUCAGGCAGGCCUGCUGCCACCCACAGGCUGUUCGAGGGGAGUUCUUGCCACUCCAAAAAAGCACUAUGACCAUGGAAGAACUGCUGACAUCUCUGCAGAAAAAAUGUGGAACUGAGUGUGAAGAAGCACAUCGGCAACUAGUUUGUGCUCUCAAUGGCUUAGCAGGCAUCCACAUCAUUAAAGGUGAAUAUGCCUUGGCAGCAGAACUGUACAGAGAAGUGUUGCGUUCAUCUGAGGAACACAAGGAAAAACUCAAAACUGAUUCACUGCAAAGGCUUCAUGCUACACAUAACUUGAUGGAACUGUUGAUGGCCAAGCACCCAGGGAUACCUCCUACCCUGAGAGAUGGCAGGCUUGAGGAAGAGGCCAAACAACUGCGAGAGCAUUAUAUGAGCAAGUGCAAUACAGAGGUUGCUGAAGCACAGCAAGCUUUGCUGCCUGUGCAGCAGACCAUACGUGAUCUCCAGAGAAAGAUUUAUUCUAAUUCUCCUUGGUGGCUGAAUGUGAUCCACAGAGCAAUAGAAUUUGGUAUUGAAGAGGAGCUUGUUCAAAGAGUGCGAAAUGAAAUAACCAGCAACUACAAGCAACAAACUGGCAAGCUUUCUAUGUCAGAGAAGUUCCAUGACUGCAGAGGUCUUCAGUUCUUACUUACAACACAAAUGGAAGAACUAAGUAAGUUCCAGAAGCAAGUAAGAGAGGCUGUAAAAAAUCUGGAGGGACCUCCAUCUCGUCAUGUUAUUGAAUCUGCAACAAUCUGCCAUCUCCGACCAGCCAGACUUCCUCUCAACUGCUGUGUCUUUUGUAAGGCUGAUGAAUUGUUCACAGAGUACGAAUCAAAGCUGUUUUCUCACACAGUCAAAGGCCAGACGGCAAUAUUUGAGGAGAUGAUAGAAGAUGAAGAAGGGCUGGUGGAUGAUCGAAUACCUACCACUAGUCGCGGCCUGUGGGCAGUAAGUGAGACAGAGCGGUCCAUGAAAGCUCUGCUGUCAUUUGCAAAGUCACAUAGAUUUGAUAUUGAAUUCAUUGAUGAAGGAAGUACUUCAAUGGAUCUCUUUGAAGCUUGGAAGAAGGAAUAUAAGUUGCUUCAUGAAUAUUGGAUGGCUCUGAGGAAUCGUGUGUCUGCUGUUGAUGAACUUGCAAUGGCUACAGAACGACUAAGAGUACGCGAUCCCAGGGAGCCAAAGCCCAAUCCACCGGUUCUUCAUAUCAUUGAACCACAUGAGGUAGAACAGAAUCGUAUAAAACUACUAAAUGAUAAAGCUGUUGCUACAUCACAGCUUCAGAAAAAACUUGGACAGCUUCUUUACCUAACUAACUUGGAGAAGUCUCAAGACAAAACAUCAGGAGGUGUCAAUCCAGAACCUUGUCCAAUCUGUGCUCGGCAGCUAGGCAAACAGUGGGCAGUACUAACCUGUGGUCACUGUUUCUGUAAUGAAUGCAUUUCAAUUAUUAUCGAACAAUACAGCGUGGGGUCCCACAGGAGCUCCAUUAAAUGUGCCAUCUGCCGCCAGACCACAUCUCACAAAGAAAUCUCGUAUGUCUUCACCUCAGAGAAAGCCAGCCAGGAAGAGGACAUUCCUGUGAAGGGCAGCCAUUCUACAAAAGUGGAAGCCGUGGUCAGAACUCUGAUGAGAAUCCAGCUGAGAGAUCCAGGGGCCAAAGCACUUGUUUUCUCAACGUGGCAAGACGUAUUAGACAUUAUUUCAAAAGCUCUCACUGACAACAACAUGGAAUUUGCACAAAUCAGUCGUGUUAAGACAUUUCAGGAGAACCUUUCAGCAUUUAAACAUGAUCCCCAAAUCAAUAUUUUGCUGCUGCCCCUGCACACAGGUUCUAAUGGAUUAACUAUCAUCGAAGCAACUCAUGUUCUUUUGGUGGAGCCCAUAUUGAACCCUGCCCAUGAGCUUCAGGCCAUAGGAAGGGUGCACCGGAUUGGACAGACAAAACCUACUAUUGUACACAGAUUCUUAAUUAAAGCAACAAUAGAAGAAAGAAUGCAAGCAAUGUUGAAAACUGCUGAGAGAAGUCACACCAACCCAUCGGCAAAGCAUUCAGAGGCCUCCGUCUUGACCGUGGCUGAUCUGGCAGACCUAUUUACCAAAGAAACUGAGGACCUUGAAUGAAGUACAUUUGAUCCAAUCCAUGGACUUCAAUGUAUUUUAAAACUUCCAUAGUUUAUAGAAUAAAGUUAUAAGUAAAAUAAUCCAGUAGAUGUCAGUAAACACUGUUCUUAGUUGAAUGAAUUUCUUUUUUAGUUGUAUAGUAUUGUAGUAGUUAUUGAGUCCUUUUCAAUAUACUGUUUCCAAAAUAUUUAUAAAGAUUUUUAAUUUUACACUCUUAAUAAAAUAGUUAUUUUUGUUCUAAAGGUUAUCUCUGAGGAAAUUAAGAGAGGUGAGGUAUACUUUUCUUUGGUAAGAUAAGUCUUACAAAGAGUUGGAAUAAGAGAGUAAUAAGUAAACUAGUCUAGUUUUAUAUUACCUGGUAUAUUCAACCAACAUAGAUCUCAUUUUUGGAAGAGCUUUCAGUACCUUUACCACAUGAUUCACCAGUAUCUUGUUAGUAAUAAUUUUAAAGAUGGUGAAUUAUAUUAACUCCUAGUUCUUUGAGUAAGUAUAGACUAUAAGUCCAUAAAUAGUAACUUUAGAGUAAUGCAACUCCUAACAAUAAGAAAAUAUUAGGCAAUUAUUUCUUUUCUCUGUAUCUUGCUACUAAAAAUCAAAACACUGAACACUUUAAGUAUUUCUAUUAUGUGUUAAGUAUUGUCAUUAUAAGCAGUUAACUUUAGCUUUUUUAAGUGUUAAUGUUUACUUACCUUAAAAUUAUCUAAACUGCUUUCUCUUCUUUUAAUUUGUCUUACUGUUAAGUAUUUUCAUGUUUUAAGAUGAUGUAUCUGUAAAUAUUGUAAUUUUGUUUCUUAUAUCAUAGGAAUAUAGCAAGGGUUUUUUUUAACAUUAUUAUACUGAUGUCUUUGGGUUUUUUCAUUUCCCAUGUUCUUGUGUAAUUAGACUUUUAACCACUAUCUAAACUUAUGAUAGAGUUUGUUAUUUCAUUCCACUAGUACAUCCCUCAAGGACUAGUAUUUGAUCUUUGGAAUAAGAGAAUGUCAUAUUCAAAUAAGCAAAUAAUUGAAAGUGAUAAAACCUAGUGUUUCUUCUUCUGUGAAGAAUUAGUGGACAUUGAAAUUGGUGAAUAAGGCGUAGCUUGUUGUAUCCUAGCUGCUUUAUGUACUACAAAUGUUUUGAUUUGUUUUCUUUGAGCCUUCAGAAUUUUAAAUGACCCUCAGGAUUCAUUAGCUCCUACUUAGUUGCCCAGAAAACUGUAAUAAAAAUAUUCCCUGGAUCACAUUUGUCCAAGAGGCUUUGGUGCUUAGUUAAGGUGCAUUUUCAUAUUCUGGUUUAUAGAGUGACAUAAUUCAGCUGAAGAAAACACACACACGUUUUUGGUGCUUAUUCUUCAGUUGAAGGAAGAUAUGCAUUGAUUCUUUUAUAUGAAAUUAAACAGAACUGUUAUUUUUGUAGCUCUUUACAUAUUACAAAGAGCUUUCCUAUACAUUCACAUGUUUAAUUUACCUAACAGUCCUAUGAAAUUGAUAUAAUUAGUAUCAUUCCUGUGUUAAAGGUAGAGAGCUGAGAUUCAGAAAUGAGAAAUGUGCCUAUAGCACAUGGCAAGUAAACAGUGGAGCCUGGGUCUCCUGACUCCCAAAAUCUCAUGUUCUUUCUCUAAAUAGUAUCGUAUACUGAGAUUCAGAAGGCCCAUGGUUAUAAUUUAAUAAUGAACAUAUUUCAGUAUUUCUUUCUGUUUCCUCACAUUCCUUUUUGUGCUGAAGUUUAGGGAAAACAAUUUGAUAUGCUUCAAUUUUAUAAAAAAAGAAAUAUAAAAAAAUGUGUAUAAAUAUAUCUACCUGUAUUAGAGAAAAAUUGCUCUUAUUUAUUUCUGUAAAAUAUUAUCAAAUAAAUAUUUUAGUGGCAAUUAAAAUUUGGGGAUUUAAUUUCUGAGCCAUAGAACAUACUGUGUGGUUAUUUGUUGAUGUUUUGGUCUCUCAACAAAAGAUAUCAAAAAUGUUUGUACUACAGAAUUCCAUAUUUUAUAAACAUUUAUUAUUUCUCCAAAAUAAUGGUGGCAAUUCUCACAAAUAAUUGUUUAAAACAAAUUUAAAUCUAGCCCCUACAUCUUUUUGGCUACAAGCAAAGAACUUUGUUUCCUUCUUCCAUCAUUUUAUAUUCUCUGAAGUAUCAUUGUACUUAUAAGUGGUUGUUCUUAAGUAAGUGCUUUACUAAUGAACCAGUGCAGAAAAAUGAGGUAAUUCAAGUGCUUAGAGAGCCAAAAUGUGUUUGGAUCUGGUGAUGCAUCUCUGUUAAAUGAAGGGGAGCUUGUUAGGACUGAAAAAACUUAUGUAUCAACAGUGUGAAAUACAUACACCUAAUUCUUUGGUCUUUUGCUUCAAACCCAGGUAGCUUUACUAUUUUAUUUCAGCUUCAGCUUUUCUGUUUGUAUGUGAUCUUAGCGAAGUGCCCAUGUUUUAGGCAUAGAGUAUUAGGGAUUAGCCCUUUCAUAUCAUAUUAAUAACAAACUGAAAAUAUUAGAUGUGAUGCAUAUAACCAUGAAUAUUUUACAAAUAAUUAUCAAACAUAACAAUUGUUUUCAAAAUAUUUCGGAAUUGUAUUUAGCAAUGCAAGAUUAAUCAUCAGUUCAAGCUACCCUCUUAGUGGACAGAACAAGAAGUGAUGUCUUUUAAAUCUGCUUUUACUUACUAGUUCUCCCAAGAUUUAGUGUCCUUGAGUUCUUUACAUUUAUUAAACUGCUGGAUUACUGUUGAGAAAUACAAACAUCACCUAUACCUCAAGCUUACAUAAGCUAAAUAAAAAAACUUCCAUUUUUUUAGAAUUUAAACAAAAUGCCACAAUAAUAUACCAUUUCAUAAUUUCUAACUUUAUGCCAUUUCAUAAUUUCCAGCUGGCAUAGCAAUAUAAAAAUGAACUUUAUUAAAAUGGUACAGUUCAAGCAAAGUCUGCCUACUCUGAUAAAGAAAAUCUAAUCUUUUUAUUUUUUGUGUUUUUAGGGCCACACCCAUGGCAUAUGGAGGUUCACGGGCUAGGGGUCAAAUCAGAGCUGUAGCUGCUGGCCUACACCACAGGCACAGCAACAUGGGAUCUGAGCUGCAUCAUACCUCACAGUAAUGCCAAAUCCUUAACCCACUAAGCAAGGCCAGGCAUUGAACCCGUGUCCUCAUAGAUGCUAGUCAGAUUCGUUUCCACUGAGCCAUGAUGGGAACUCCCAAGAAGACCUGAUCUUCAGUAUUGCGUCUUCAAGUUGGAUCAAUCAACUCUAUAUUUUAUAAAAUUUUUAAAAAUUUCCGUGUGUCUGUUACAUUGUGAAGCUCACAUAAACACUGUCACAUGUAAGCCUUGAAUAUAAACCACUUGCAAGCUUUCCUAUAGAGGAAGGUGAAGUGAGUAAUUGACAAUCCAAAGGAAGUUCAGGUCUCACAAGUAUGUGGUGUUGCCUCCAAAUUCUAGAACAGACAGUAUCACAUGAAGAAAAACAGCAGGAGAACUUGGCCAGGACCAAUGCUGGCAUUUCCAGCUUUCCCUCGACUUCAGUCAGCCUUUCAGAAUCAUGCAUACCUUAUCUUUGACAGUCCCUUGGGCCCCAUUCCUUUAUUUAAUGUCAGUGACUCAAGACUGAUUUCGUUCAUUAAAACUGAUUUUGUUAUAUUGAAACUAAUUCCUUUGUACACGGCUCCUGCUUUUUCUUUGCAAAAUAGAAAUAAAGUUUUACAACCAU